AUGAACGAGUAUGGGCCAGCGCGCAGGGCGCCGCCCGAUUUCAAUGAGUGCCAAUACUGUCAUAAAUGCUUCGCCAGUGGAGCAGCCCGGAGAUCCCAUGAGGAGACUUCCAACUUCUGCAUCGCCCAGCAGGUUAUGGCAAAGAUGCUUCGCGAGAUCCAGACAAAUGACGGCGGCCAACAUGAGGCCAAGAAGCAAAAGCAGGAGCCCGUUGCCGACGAAUGGGAAGACCUCGGCGGCGAUAAUCGGGACGCCGAGGAAGAAGACGGCGGCGAUACGUGGGACCCGGAAGAAGAGGCGCCUCAACCUUUUGAAGCGCAAGUAGACGCAAUGGUUGAGGCAGCGUUUGAAGAGGAAGGAGAGGGGGGAGCGGCGGAGAGCGAUACAGGGGGCCUCAACGAGGGAGGGCCCAGUAAAACGGAGCGCGAAUUCGACAGUGUGGAAGAGUUGGUCCUUGCUUUCCAGACAGCCGGCCGCAGGCAGAGGCCGCUCACCCCUGCGGGAAUGAACCGGAUACUUUGCGUCCUAAACCAUGACAACUACGACCCGAGUGAGGUGGCCAAGGAGCUGAAAGACGCUGGGAGGGUUACCAAGAUGUUGGCCGAGAUGACAAUUGCAACGAAGGUGAACAUGGUGGAUCUAGCUGAGGCCGGAGACCCAGGCCCUCUCUGGUGUGCAUACAUUGAAGGUACAGAUGCUUUCAAGCACAUGUUCAGCGAACCGGACGCUGCCGACGGUUUCUUCCUCCGCCCCAAACCUCUGGUGGAUAAAACUCGACGGAAUGCUGAGGGAGGACAUGUGCGCAUCUACGGCGAGGUCAAGAGAGGGACGUGGUGGGAGAAGGCAAACCAGCUGGUUGUUGACCGCGAGGAGGAGAAGGAGCAGCCGGAAGGGAUGGAAAAACCCGCGGUGUACGCGUGUCCAUACAUCCUGCACUAUGACAAGACCCACCUUGACGCUGUGGGAAACUAUAUCAUGGCGCCUCUGUAUAUGUCUCUUGGCAACUACUCCCGGAAGUUCAUCGGAAAGGCACGGAAAGGCUAUGUUCUUGUGGCUCUCCUCCCCAUUCCGAAGCCGGAAGCCUUUGCCGUGGGCUGGACGAAGGAUUCCCCUGAAUUCAAGUACAAGGCACGCUACUACGUGAACAAGGGUCUGGCAACCUUCAACAACUCCCUCAGGAUAGCUGGUCACACCGGCCUGAUGUGCAAGGAUCCAAGCGGGGAAGUUAGGAAGGUUUACCCCCUGCUUUUCAUUUUCGCGAUGGACCUUGGGGAGCAAUAUACUGUCGCUGGGGUGAUGGCGAAGCAUUGUGCGGCCUGGCAGGUGCCAUUGGCAAAGUAUGCAGACCUGCGGGCGGCAAGGAACCUAGGGUAUCCAACACGGACCGUCGCGGGCAAGCAGACGCACAGACGGGAAAUGCGGCAAAUGUCCGCAGGGGAUGCUCAAAAGGAGUCGACAAGGACCGGUGUCUAUCCCAGGCUCAAG